UGAAUGGAAUCCUUUACCUGUAGCUCUGGGGAAAGUGUACACUGAAAAUCUACAACAAGACUUCAGUGCCUGUCGAAACCACAAUGGAGACAACUAAUGACACCACAAAAAUCCUGGGGAAAGGUCCUGAAUACCUUCGUAAACAAAUGGAUUUAGAGAGUGAGACAAAAGGACGCAUGAGUGCUGUGGAGAGGCUCGCCGCAAGUAAACCAAAAUACGUCAAAAGCCAACAGGUGGUUAACUCAACUCAGGAGCCAGUGAUUAGCCUUGGAUCGGCCUCUGUGAGUAGCACUGGGUCCUCGAACCGAAGCUCACACCGGGAUGGGAAUCUUCCUACAGGGAGUGACUCGACAGGGAAUACACUCACUGUGCAAAUCUCUUCACCAGUGCAGGCACAUCGCUCCAGCGCCAAAAAACGACCAGACUCUCUUCUAAUUUACAGACAGAAAUGUGAGUUAUUGAGAGGGCCAGCAAAUGAACGGAAGCACCAUAUAACCCGUAAGUUGUUGCUCAACCCUGUAAAUAAAAAUGCCCCAUUAUCCGAGGGGACAGAUAAGGAAUGCGAGUCUCAGGGCAACGGGCGAAAAAUCACCACGCCUAAGGAAACAGCAAAGGAAUGGAAUCCACAUGUAGUUAUCUCUAAACCGGAGAGCAAUGGAGUGACAGAAGAGUGCAGAAUCAAGAACAGUGACUCUGGUACAAAACCUAAGGCUGGAGUUGUAAAUGCAUCUAGUGGUCUCCUGACAGUUCCUGAGGUUGAAAGGACGUCUGGCAAAGGAGUCAGUCGUUCUCACUCUGAUAUCAGCUCCAGGUAUUCCAAAAACUUUGCAGACUUUGAUGGUUUUUUCAAGUACUGCGGGCUGGACGGUGAGGUCAUUGAGUCUUUGGGGAAGGACAACUUCUCAGCUCGCUCAGAUGAAAUUGCAAUAAAGCUUCGGAGUGUCAGUGUUUCCACGUCAGAUGAUGGCUUCUCCAGAAACAGUAGUGACAGCGAUGCGCUCAUGGAGGAAAAGCUGCACGAGAAGAUACGUCAAGAGACCUCAGUUAUUGAGCGCAACGCACGGAUUAUCAAGUGGCUGUACAGCUGUAAAAAUGCUAGUGACACUGGAAAAAAGUUACGAGAUCUUCACUGAUUGCGCUUUUUCUUUUUACCAAGAUUUGUUACAUAAAAGUUAUAUUUUGAGGACAAAGAUGGAAGUAGUUUCUUGUUUUUGAUCUUAGAAAACACUGAAUGAUACCCUACUUGUCCAACUGUACCUAAAUCUUAGGUUAUGUAUUGUGUAUGCUGCAUGUGUGUGUGUAUGUGUCCUUUACUGAUGACUUUUCUGAGAGCAAAUGAUGACUGAAAGAUUUCUUUUUUUUUUCUUUUCUUUUUUUUUUACUUGCACAGGACCAUCUAUGAUCUCAAUUACACUGGAAACAGA